CUUGUUUUUUUUUUGCCCCUUCUUUGUGGUGGUUUCGUAUACGUCUCUUGUCUCCCGUCCCCUAUUUAAUACGGAGUAUUAUUCUGCCAAACCUUUUUCUCUAUCUUCUAUUGCUGACAAAGAAGACGGAACACUUGAGAGAAUCAGAAUCGAGGAGUGGGUAUUGGGUAGUGGAUAGUAUAUAUGGAUGAACAUUCGGGUAAAAGAGCUGCUAGUGGGCUUCUUGUUGCGAGAAGAGGUUUGAGAGAUAAGCCUAAUGAUAGGGAUGAAAAUAUUCAGUUUUGCCCUCGAAUUGGAUGUAGUGGCAGGCUUAACAAUUCAAGGAGUGGAUGCACAGCGAAACCCUAUUCAUCGAGGCAAAAUUUGAGCUCGAACUCUUCUAAUGGCAAGGAAGUAGUUGGUAGUUCUUCGAGAACUGUUACAAGGAAAUUGCACAAGGACUAUCAUAGAAAGCCGGCCUCUCAGACCAAAACUGAUCAAUUGGAAACCAGAACUUUUCGGGAUGAGUCAGUGGAUCAUGGGCAAAUGGAAUCGUCAAGUACAAGUGAGACUGGGUUUUUGUCAGAACCGAGAGAUUCUGAGCCUAGGAAAAGUAGGGUUUGGGAAGCGGGUUGCUCCAGUGGGUUGUCGUCUGUAACAACUCAGCAGCAAAAGUAUUGUAAUAAAUCUAAGCGUGCCAAUCAGAACAAUUUGAGUAGUAACAUUCCCCCCCAGACAAGGAGUAGCCGUAAUGGGGUGGAAAAUGGCUAUAAAAAUCCCAAAUGCAAUUCGGUAUCGAAUGCCCUUCCACAUUCAUCACAACCAAGGUUUAUGAAAAAGAGAAGCUCCGAAGGUGAAAGUAGUUCGUCAUCUAUAGGGAAUAGAACGAGUAGGGCAUUCUCAAAAGGAGGACGUGCUCCACUUAACAAUCAUCCUUUCUCAAAAGAAGACCAUUCAUCUCUUAACAAUCGUGGGAUUUUAAUCUCUGAAUCAAGAUGUGGUAGAAGUUGGGGGCCUAGUGAGGAUAACCCUGCUGUUUCGGUUCGAGUACAGAGAUCUAAUAUGAACUCCAGAUUGAGAACUCAUGAUCAAGAUACUGGAAACACUUCAACACAUACGCAACCAUCUGGCUUAAUCUCACAACUGCCUCGGCCUCAAACACCAAACGAUCAUAUACUUAGUUCAACAUAUCAAUUUUCGACAGACUCUUCUUCAAGUGAAUCUAGUCCUUACAAUGUUCCCGGCAAUGAUGGCAAUAAUAUAAGCAGUAUAUUGCCCUUUCCUUCUGCAGAAUUUGGCAUCAGUCAGUCAAAUAACCGUGAUGCCUUGUGGAGAUAUAACAUGGAUGAAAUUGCUGGGGUAUUAUUACAGCUUGAGAGAAUUGAACACGAUGACGAGCUACGAUAUGAGCAACUGCUAGCACUCGAAACCAAUGUGUUCCUCAAUGGCAUGAAUUUCUACGACCAACAUAGAGACAUGAGAUUGGACAUUGAUAACAUGUCAUAUGAGGAAUUACUAGCUCUCGGGGAGAGGAUGGGCACGGUAAGCACAGCUCUUUCUGACGAAGCAAUGUCAAAGUGCCUUAGGAGAAGCAUCUAUCGGGUUACCUCUUCGGAAGUAGGUGUUGCUGGAUUGAAAGGGGAUGAAGAUGACAACAAAUGCAGUAUUUGCCAGGAGGAGUAUGUGCUCGGGGACGAGAUGGGGAUGUUGGGAUGCGAACAUGGAUAUCAUUUGGCGUGCGUUCAUAAGUGGUUAAGGAUGAAGAAUUGGUGCCCUAUCUGCAAGGCUUCUGCUGUUCCAUCUCGGCCCUCUUCGCCCUUGUAGUUCUUUUCAAGCAAUCCGCAGUGCCUACCGCGAUUCUGAGGGAAUGAAUUUGGUUUCCUCUUGUACAGAUCCUUCGGUUUUUUCUCAAAAAACAUCCUUUUACAUGUUUUUUAUUUGAAUAAGAUGAAGAGUAGUCUUAGCAGUGUUGAUAUUAACCAUUGAAGCCCAGGCUGAAAGUUGCUUUGUGGUAUGAAGUUUUAAGUUUCAGUUGGUUUUAAUGUGGCAUUUCAAUGUACAGACAGAACAAUGGUUUGGUACUUAUGUUUCUUUGGACUCUGUAGUUUAAGGCUGCUCUUUUUUUUCUUUUUU